AAGGAGAGUUAAAGUAGGAAGCUUUUGGUUCCAUUCCCAUCCUGGGAAUAGUUGAAACUCUGGGUCCAUUUUCGUGUGCGCGCGCAGAGAGAGGAGAGAGAAGAGAGAGAGAGAGAGAGACGGUGGUCUCUGGGUUUUCUUAACGUAUGCCAUGAUGGGAAGCUUUCUCAGCUACAGUCAGCACGCCAAAUCUUGUCAUUUUCUUGGUGCUUCUCGAAAGCCUGUGAUUUGUUUAAUAUGAAAGACGCCGCAGUUUUUUUCAGUUGCCCGUUCUCGCAAGAAAGCCCGCGGUCCUCCUUUGGCCAACCGAACUCGACCACCAACCCAUCACGCCCACGUAAGAAGCUCCUCUCUUGUUUGGCCUCUUCGAUCCGUCAUUUCAAAGAACAAAAGCAGAGGCAGAGCAUGUAGGCAAUUCGCAUGGAGAAGUUUGAUCCUUUUUCGUAGGCAUCACAUCAUUGAUUAACUGGUACAAGGCAAGGUCCAUUUAUUUUGAUCUGGGAAGACAGCAUCGAGUUGUAUGCAAUGGAGUGCUUCUCCUACUUCAAGAACAAAUCAAAACCCAAGGAACGGAGAUCAGCGCCGGAGUUGGAGACAAAAUCCGACAAUUCAGCCACCACUGCUGAUCGAGCCACAAAGUCGUCAUCCUCAGCUACUUCGCAGCGCGGUAUACCGGAACUCUAUGAGGAGAAGGCCCACUUGCGGGUGUUUUCUUUCUUGGAGCUCAGGCAAGCAACACAUGAUUUCAGCAGGCUUCUAAAGAUCGGAGAAGGUGGAUUCGGGUGCGUUUAUAAAGGUUCAAUUAAGCCUGUUGACAGAAAGGGUGAGCUGAUGCAGGUUGCCAUUAAGAAGCUUAACAGGGAUGGAUUUCAGGGUCAUAAACAAUGGAUUGCAGAAGUUCAAUUCCUCGGCGUUGUGGAGCAUGAAAACCUUGUCAAACUGAUAGGAUACUGUUCUGAUGACAGCGAACGAGGAAUGCAGCACCUUCUCGUGUACGAGUUUAUGCUAAACAAAAGCUUGGAAGAUCAUCUUUUCAAUAAAGCAUAUGAUGCUCUUUCCUGGCAAACUAGAUUGAAUAUAUUACUUGGAGCAGCUCAAGGUUUGGCUUAUCUUCAUGAAGGAUUGGAAGUUCAGGUGAUACACAGAGACUUUAAGUCAUCGAAUGUAUUACUGGACGAGGACUUCAAACCAAAGCUUUCAGACUUUGGGCUUGCACGGGAAGGGCCAACAGCUGACCGUACUCAUGUUUCAACUGCUGUGGUAGGAACACAAGGAUAUGCUGCUCCUGAUUACAUUCAGACUGGUCACUUGACAGCUAAAAGUGACGUGUGGAGUUUUGGUGUCGUUUUGUAUGAAGUGCUCACUGGAAGGCGAUCACUGGAGAGGAACCGCCCGAGAACUGAACAAAAACUUUUGGAAUGGGUGAAACAGUAUCCUGCUGAUAGCAAGAAAUUCAAUUCAAUAAUUGAUCCUCGACUCAAGAAUCAGUACUCGGUCAGCGCGGCUCGCAAGAUUGCUAAAUUAGCAGACAGUUGCUUGUUAAAGAGUUCAAAAGAUCGGCCAAAGAUGAGUCAAGUGGUGCACAGUUUGCAGGAGAUAAUACAGGUUUCAGGUGCCGGAGAUGAUGCAAGUCAGGCAGCGGAUAGGAGCUCCGAGCUUAGUGAGACUGAACCAGUCGACUCUGAAUCGAACCCUGGUCAAACCGGAACUUCUGAGUCAUGGAAAAGACGAAUGGCCCAUUUAGUUAAAUUGGGAGAGCAUGUCGAGGGCGUUAGCAGGAGAAGAUUUUUGAUCAUGCAGAGGACAAAAGUGCAAUAAAUCGUACUCUUAUUGAUGUAAUCAGAAUACUCUUAUAUUUUCACUCAAUGUCAUAUAAACUUGAGGUUUUUUUUAGGCUUGGCUCGACUCAGCUCUUCCUUUGUACAGGUAACGGAAGAGAGAUUGUAAAUAGAAUGUUUUGUUUAUCAUUUUCUUCUAUAUAUCUACAUGUUCCUGCUUCUUGACAUGAAUAGAAUUCAGGGAUGUAUUUACUUCAGCAGUCUGCUGCUCCAGAAUCUAAUUUUCAGAGUGAA